UCUCGCAAGUCAACUGAGUGUCCCCCAAGAAUUCACAGCCGCACCUCAACCCGAAGACCGUUAUUGUGGACAGUCAGGACGACAUCUCAUCCGCAUUACUUUGAUCCCAUCUCUCAUCUCUGACCGAGAAAUACUGCACGCAUCUUUAUUUCUCGUCGCUCCUUUCCACGCCGGGAGAGGCCAGAAUCCCCCCCCCGUGCGUGUCUGAACACGUCUUCCCUCCCACAGACUCUCCUCCCAGUCUCCGAAUACAUGGCUACCCUCAUCUCGGACAGUUGAAAAUCCUAUCCCUACCUCCAUCAGUAACCGCCCACGAUGGCGAGCUGGGAGAUUGGCACUCGGGCCUGGUUCCCCAACCAGUCCGAGGGCUUCAUCCCCGGUGAGCUCGCGGAGAGAAAAGCUCUAGGUGAUGGCAAGAUCGCCCUCGUCUUCACCCUCUCCGAUGAGUCCAAGCAGACAAUCGAGACCACCGAGACUGCCCUCCUCGAUACCCACAAUGCUUCCUUACCUCCCUUGAUGAACCCUCCCAUGUUCGAGGCGGCCGAAGACUUGACCAACCUGUCCCAUCUGAACGAGCCGGCCAUCCUACAGGCAAUCAAGCUCCGAUAUGCGCAGAAAGAAAUCUACACGUACAGUGGGAUCGUGCUGAUAGCGACCAACCCUUUUGCACGGGUGGACUCUCUGUACGUCCCUCAGAUGGUGCAGGUGUACGCAGGCAAGCAAAGAGCAUCACAAGCGCCCCAUCUGUUUGCCAUCGCGGAGGAGGCAUACACAGAUAUGUUGCGGGACUCACGGAAUCAAACGGUCGUCGUCUCCGGUGAGUCGGGUGCCGGAAAAACAGUCAGUGCCAAAUACAUCAUGCGGUACUUUGCAACUCGAGGAGCCCCAGGACAGGCCAGCAAGGGGACCAAGACGAGAGCAGAUGCCAUCAGUGAGACCGAAGAGCAAAUCCUGGCUACAAAUCCGGUCAUGGAAGCCUUUGGCAAUGCAAAAACGACGAGAAACGACAAUUCUUCACGAUUUGGAAAAUACAUUGAAAUCAUGUUUGAUCAGAACACCGACAUCAUUGGUGCCCGGAUAAGGACAUAUUUGCUUGAACGUUCACGACUUGUCUUUCAGCCAUUGAAGGAGAGAAACUACCAUAUUUUCUACCAACUUGUAGCCGGAGCGACGGAAGAUGAAAAACAAGAGUUGGGUUUGUUGCCUGUGGAAGAGUUCGACUAUCUGAAUCAAGGCAAUGAGCCCACGAUCGAUGGCGUCGACGACGCCGCCGAAUUUGCAGCUACAAGGAAGUCCUUGACUACGAUCAACGUUUCCGAAGCCACUCAAAAGGAGAUCUUCCGGGUUCUCGCCGCUCUCCUGCACAUUGGAAAUAUCAAAAUCACCGCCACACGCUCAGACUCGACCCUCUCCGCCAGCGAGCCUUCGCUGGUUCGGGCCUGCAGCAUAUUGGGCAUUGACGCGACAGAUUUUGCCAAAUGGACGGUCAAGAAGCAGCUCAUCACGCGCGGGGAGAAAAUCACCUCCAAUCUCACGCAGCAACAGGCCACUGUUGUGCGCGACUCCGUGGCCAAGUUCAUCUACUCUAGCCUGUUCGACUGGCUGGUGGAGACCAUUAACCACGGUCUCGCGACUGAGGAUGUCCUCCAACGGCUGAAUACUUUCAUUGGCGUGCUUGAUAUUUACGGCUUUGAACAUUUUGCAAAGAACUCCUUCGAGCAAUUUUGCAUCAAUUACGCCAACGAGAAGCUCCAGCAGGAAUUCAAUCAGCAUGUAUUCAAACUUGAACAGGAAGAAUACAUGCGUGAAGAGAUCGACUGGACCUUUAUUGAUUUUUCAGAUAAUCAGCCCUGUAUCGAUCUUAUUGAAGGGAAACUCGGUAUUUUGUCUCUUCUGGACGAGGAAUCUCGACUGCCCAUGGGCUCGGACGAACAAUUUGUCACCAAACUGCAUCAUCAUUUUGCAGCAGACAAGCAAAAAUUCUACAAGAAGCCCAGAUUUGGCAAGUCAGCAUUUACAGUUUGUCAUUAUGCCCUCGAUGUUACUUACGAGUCGGACGGCUUCAUCGACAAGAACCGCGACACUGUGCCGGAUGAGCAGAUGGAAGUGCUUAAGAAGUCUACAAAUGCCUUCUUGGUUGACGUGCUGGAUGUUGCAGCAGCGGUGAGAGAAAAAGACACCGCCCAGACAUCUUCGAAAACCGUUGCCCCCGGGGGCGGACGCCGAGUUGGUGUCGCUGUUAAUCGCAAACCUACUCUGGGAGGCAUCUUCAAGAGCUCUCUCAUUGAACUCAUGCAAACCAUCAACUCCACCGAUGCGCACUACAUUCGAUGUAUCAAACCCAACGAGGCAAAAGUCUCAUGGAAGUUUGAAGGGCCCAUGGUGUUGAGCCAGCUGCGGGCCUGUGGUGUUUUGGAAACCGUCCGCAUCAGUACUGCCGGUUAUCCUACACGAUGGACGUACGAAGAAUUUGCUCUCAGGUACUACAUGUUGUGCCGUUCGAAUGAAUGGACAACCGAGAUCCGUACGAUGGCGCAGAACAUUCUUGUCAAAGCCCUUGGAAAGACCGCCCACGAAAAAUCCGACAAGUACCAACUUGGUCUGACCAAGAUUUUCUUCCGAGCAGGCAUGUUGGCCUUUUUGGAGAACCUUCGUUCAGCUCGUUUGAAGGAAUGUGCCAUUAUGAUCCAGAAGAACUUGCGCGCCAAAUACUACCGGCACAAAUACCUCGACGCCAGACAGUCAAUCCUCAACUUCCAAGCAGCUACCCGCGCAUUCUUGGCUCGAAGGAAAACCGAGGAAACAAGGCGGAACAAGGCGGCGACAGACAUCCAAAGAGUGUGGCGAGGGCAAAAAGUGCGCAAAGAAUAUAUUCGAAUCAGAAACGAUGUCAUUCUGUUCGAAUCAAUUGCCAAAGGCUAUCUUUGCAGGAAAAAUAUCCUGGAAACUCGCAUUGGGAAUGCCGCGGUCGUCAUCCAAAGAGCUUUCCGUUCGUGGCGAGCAUUACGUGCCUGGAGGCAAUAUCGCAGAAAGGUGGUCAUUGUACAGAACUUAUGGCGUGGCAGAGUCGCCAGGCGCGACUAUAAGAAGAUGCGUGAAGAGGCUCGUGAUCUCAAACAGAUCUCCUACAAACUGGAGAACAAGGUCGUGGAGCUUACGCAGUCUCUUGGUGCGCUCAAGCGAGAGAACAAGGGCUUGGUUUCCCAACUGGAGAAUUACGAGAAUCAGCUAAAAUCUUGGAGGUCGAGACACAAUGCGUUGGAGACGCGGUCGCGCGAACUUCAAAGUGAGGCGAACCAGGCUGGUAUCGUAGCAGCGCGCUUAUCUGCCUUGGAGGAAGAGCACGCCAAAUUGCAAGCCAGCCAUGAUGAACAUAUGGGUAACGCGAAGAGACUGCAGGAAGAAGAGCGCAAGCUUCGGGAGUCACUGAAGGUUUCCAACACAGAGCUCGAGACAUUGCGACAAUCAGUAUCCACACAUGAAAGUGAGAGAGGCACUCUGCGACAACAGAUCAACGAACUGCAGGAUCAGCUUGAGAUUGCCCGACGGGCGCCACCUCCACCCGCCACGAACGGUGUCAACGGUGAGUAUACCAAUGGCACGUCUCAGCUCGCGAACGGCCUGAUCAACCUCGUUUCUUCUAAGAAGCCUCUCAAGCGGCGUAGUGCAGGGGCUGCUGAACGGAGUGAACUCGACAGGUAUAGCGCUGCAUACAGCGCCCGUCCUGUUUCGAUGGCGAUCGACUCUCAUACCAAGACGCUCUCUGGUUCUACGUUCAAUCCUGGUUUGGACAGUGUCGAGAUGGAGCUUGAGAACCUCCUUGCUCAGGAAGAAGAACUCAACGAUGAAGUCACUAUGGGUCUCAUCCGAGGCAUCAAGAUCCCUCAACCAGGUGCCAAUCCUGCCCCUACAGACAAAGAGGUUCUGUUCCCUUCGUACCUCAUCAAUCUGGUCACGUCCGAGAUGUGGAACAACGGCUUCGUCAAGGAAUCGGAGCGCUUCCUAGCCAACGUCAUGCAGUCCAUCCAGCAAGAAGUCAUGCAACACGAAGGCGACGAAGCUAUCAAUCCCGGGGCAUUCUGGUUGUCCAACGUGCAUGAGAUGCUGUCCUUUGUCUUCCUCGCCGAAGACUGGUAUGAGGCGCAAAAGACCGACAACUACGAGUACGACCGGUUACUUGAGAUUGUCAAGCACGAUCUGGAAUCUCUCGAGUUCAACAUCUAUCAUACCUGGAUGAAAGUGCUGAAGAAGAAGCUGCACAAGAUGAUUGUGCCCGCCAUCAUCGAAUCACAGUCGCUGCCUGGUUUCGUCACCAAUGAAAGCAACCGCUUCUUGGGCAAAUUGCUACCAUCGAAUAAUACUCCCGCGUAUAGCAUGGACAACCUCCUCAGCCUCCUGAACAACGUCUUCAAGGCCAUGAAAGCGUACUAUCUCGAAGACAGCAUUAUCACGCAAACGGUGACUGAACUGCUUCGUCUUGUGGGUGUGACCGCCUUCAAUGAUCUGCUUAUGCGUCGCAACUUCUUGUCGUGGAAACGCGGUUUGCAAAUCAACUACAACAUCACUCGUAUCGAAGAGUGGUGCAAGUCCCACGACAUGCCCGAGGGGACUCUUCAACUCGAGCAUCUCAUGCAGGCCACCAAGUUACUCCAGCUCAAGAAAGCCACUCUCAACGACAUCGAAAUCAUCCAGGAUAUCUGCUGGAUGUUGUCGCCCAAUCAAAUCCAGAAGUUGCUCAACCAAUACCUCGUCGCCGAUUAUGAACAGCCCAUUAAUGGUGAAAUCAUGAAAGCUGUUGCGUCGAGGGUUACAGAGAAGAGCGAUGUCCUGUUGCUAGCUCCUGUGGACAUGGAAGACAGUGGACCCUAUGAGAUUGCUGAGCCAAGAGUCAUCACUGCGCUGGAGACGUAUACUCCAUCAUGGCUCCAGACACCUCGUCUCAAACGCCUGGCGGAAAUCGUCUCCGCUCAAGCCAUGGCUCAGCAAGAACAAGGAGGCCUUCCCGAGGGGGCGAUCGGUGACUCUGAAGCUAUGAUGGCACAGUGAAAUGGUCGACUUGAUUCCGCCACAGGGCUGGGAUAAUCUUGGUCGCGGAAGCGAGAAUCAAAAGCAACGUUUCUGAUGAUUGCACGUGGAAGGGACAACCGACUAAUCCAUGAGUGGUUGGCGUCUAUGGCCUAGACAUUGGUCGAGGAAGAAGCAAGCUAGAGCAAGGACCCUCAUCGCCGGCGUCUUGGUCGGCAAAGAAGCAAAGUCGAGGAAGGCUCAGGCGAGUAAUUAUACACACCUUUUUGGGCAUAGCACUGCGGAGUUUACUAGAGCACUUGGGCUUCCCGUGCUUCUUGCAGAGGAAUUGCUAAUUUGGGCGCGGCGUUUCUGCGGUCUCUGACCAUGUCAAUGUUAAUGUCAAGGCGGAGCUGGACACACAUGGGACCAGACUCGGUUCGACCUUGUUUUGGUUCUCUCCGUCUUUCCCACCCCCAUUUGUUUUAUUUCUGCCAUGUAGACACCCCGCGGCAGUGGAACGUCGACAUUUCGGAUACAAGUAAUGUGCAAUGUUGGAGCGGACGUGUUCUUCACUAAGGAGGAGAUUUAG